GAGCAUAGCGACAAGCAGUGAAGUCACGGCGGCCUCACUUCGACCCGAGGCAUCACGACUCGAGUCCAUCAUCUCCACUGAGUGCCUUACUGAAUGUACUUACUCUUGCGAAGACCCAAUUUCGACCCUACAAUAUACGCACAAGCGCUGUCCCUCGCGGCAUUCCCUAGUCUCCAUGAACAUGGCCACGGCGCCGAGCCCCGACGAUUUCAUCAUCGUCAAAACGACGCUGCCGGCUCGGCCGCUGCCCCCCAAUGCUCAGCGCCAAACGAUAAAGACGGGACGGCUUGUCCUACGGCCACUCGGCCAGAGCGACAUCGCCGCCUUUCACAGCCUCCGGAGUCAGCCUGAGGUCAUGCAUUUCACAAUGCAAGGACGAGUGGAUAAGGAUGUCGCCGAGACCCAGUCCCGGCUGGAGCCCUUCCUCCCGCCCAACGAUAUCGAGAACCACAACUUUGCCAUCUGCCUGAAGGAGACAGGCGAGAUGAUUGGCGUUGGGGGCAACCACAACUUCGUCUCGAGCUUCGGCUGGCCCGAAGUAGGCUACAUGAUCCGGAAAGAGCAAUGGGGGCAAGGCCUCGCGCCUGAGUUUUUGCGGGCGUUUCUCGCGGCCUGGCAGAAGCUGCCGCGGGUGGAGGCCGAAGUGAAGGUGGAUCCACGCUCCGUUGAUGGACUUCCGCAGGACGGCGGCGGCUUGGUGCCUGAGCAGCUCAUUGCAGUGACAGAGUUAGAGAAUGUCCGAAGCCAGAAGAUGCUCCACAAAUGUGGAUUCGACCUCUUUCUUACAUGGAAGGCGCAGGACACCAGCGGCCAGAAUGGCGAGUUGAUUGACUUGCCAACAUUUCGAUUCUUCUCAAACAAGAAGAUCUCUUGAACUUAGAUUCAGGUUAUCACUAGUGAACUUUCCCCGCUGCGAGAGCUAGAACAGAGACGGGUGUAGGCUAUGAUCCAAAGCGAAGUAGGGGAUAGGGCUCAAGUGUUUGUAGGUUCCCGUCUGACGCUCCUUGUCCAUAACUCUUCCACGACCAGUACAACAAGCACGAGAAGUUUGUGGGCUCCAAGUGGUCUAGAAGAAUCCAGCAGUGCAAGUUCUUUCGCCUAGAAGCUUGCGAUAUACCGGGUAUAUAACGUGUCUACUUGUUACUGGCACUACGAUUUAAACCCAUAGUGCUGGCUAUUAUGGCCAAUUUUUCUAAAUGACCCUAACGAUCAGCGCUUUAAAUAAUUCAAUCUUAAAUAAUUCAACC